AUGACCGUGGAAUCCAUCCCUCAAAUCCAGACCGUAGCUCUGGUCAAUGAACUCGGGGGCAGUGUCGAGUUUCGCGAGGACUACCCCGUUCCUACACCGGGUCACAAUGAGGUUCUAGCCAAAGUGCUAUACACAGGGGUUUGCCAGAGUGACUUGCACACGAAGAACGGCACGGCUGCCUCGUCCGAGGGCACUCCUAUCACAAACAUCAAGAUCCCCCAUGUGGGCGGCCAUGAAGGCGUGGGACGAAUUGUGGCGCUCGGCCCAGGGUGUGGAACAGACCUAAAGGUCGGAGGGCUUGUCGGAAUACGAUUCUCAAGUCGGAUCUGCAGACGAUGCGAGUUUUGUCUGGCUGGAACCGAGCAGUACUGCAUCAAAAGCACCAACCAUCUCCAUCAUGAGGAUGGAAGCUUCCAGGAGUACAUCGCGUUGGAUGCUGACUACUUGACGAUCCUGCCGGAUGAUAUCGACCCUAAAGUCAUUGGCCCCGUUCUGUGCGCUGGUGUGACGGCUUACAAGGCUGUUCUCAAUGCAAACAUCCGGGCGGGCAAUUGGUUAGUGGUGGUCGGCGCAGGGGGAGGCCUCGGGCACUUGGCAGUGCAAUAUGCGAAAGCACAAGGAGCACUUGUCAUCGGCGUUGAUGCCGGUGACAAGCGGGACUUUGUCCUCAAGCUGGGCGCUGUCGAAUUCAUUGAUUUUACCACAACGGACCCGGUCCAGCGCGUCCAUGAGAUCACCGGACUUGGCGCACAUGCGGCGGUGGUGACCGCUGGCAGCGCCAAAGCUUUCGCUCAUGCGUGCGAGAUGCUACGAGUCGGAGGGGCUUUGAGCUGUGUGGGAAUCCCUCCAGGACGUCCAACCUUGCAAACGCCGAUCGCCACCAUUGUGAUCAAAGGGCUUCGGAUCACCGGCAACCUGGUCGGAUCACUGAAAGAAUGUAUGGAGGCCGUGGAUCUAGUUCGUCGCGGGGUGGUGAAGCCAGAGAUCAAGGUCAGACCGUUCAAGGACUUGCCUCAAGUCUAUGAGGAGAUGGAGAAGGGCGAUAUUACGGGGAGAAUCGUGCUCCAGAUAUCAGAGUGA